GAUUUGUUGAAGCCACACUUCUUCUUCUGCAGAAGUUAGGGUUCCUUCAAAACAAAAAAAAGUUGGGGUUCCUCUUUCUCACUUCCAAAAUCAGACCCCCCACAAAAAAAAAUCCUUCCUUUUAGGGUAAAAAUUAAUGGGAACUCCAGAAACAUCAAGAGAACCAUGCCCAGAUCGAAUCUUAGAUGAUAUCGGUGGUGCUUUUGGUAUGGGAGCUGUUGGUGGUUCAGCUUUUCAUUUCUUGAAAGGAAUCUACAACUCACCUAAAGGAGAAAGACUAGUUGGAGGUACACAAGCUGUUCGUAUGAAUGCACCGCGAGUUGGUGGUAGUUUUGCAGUAUGGGGUGGUUUAUUCUCUGCAUUUGAUUGUACAAUGGUUUAUGUUCGUCAAAAAGAAGAUCCAUGGAAUUCUAUUUUUGCUGGUGCAGCUACUGGUGGGUUUUUACAGAUGAGACAAGGUCUUGGUCCUGCUUCAAGAUCUGCUUUAUUUGGUGGUGUUCUACUUGCUAUGAUUGAAGGAGCUGGGAUUAUGUUAAAUAGGGUUCUCAGCCCUCCUGCUAAUAUGCCUAUGGAAGAAGGGAUGCCACAGGGAGUGCCUCCUGGGUUUCCUAUGGGGCAAUUGCCUGGUCAUCAGCAGCAGCCUCAGAUGGGUGGUUCUGGUAUGUCUAUGGAGGAUUCUACUUCAGGUUCAGCUUCAUCAUGGCUUGGUGGAUUGUUUGGUGGUGACAAGAAGAAGGAAGAUAAGUCAAGUGGGGGGAGUAAGACUGAGAUUUUGGAGAGUUUUGAUACUCCGAGUGCUCCGAUUCCUUCGUUUGAUUAUAAAUGAAGAAUGAGUUGUGGUGUUUCAAGGUAAGAGUUUGUUUGGAAUUUCAAAGUUAGGGUUUUGAAAUUACAUCAUUAUCAUUGAAUAAUGAAAUUGUGACAAACCUUGUACUUGGAGUUGCAUCAAAUCAAAGCUUAAAUUUUGUUGAAUUCUCACAUGUGUGAUUAUUUAGUCUUUAAGUUGUAGCUAAAUAAUCUGUCUUUGAAACACUAAAGAUAUGAUUUUUAUUAUGGUAAUUCUGUAUUGCAACAAAGGUUGGUUGGUCUACUGUUCUUACUUUGUAUGACUAUUAAUAUUAUCACUUUACAUUAAAUGGUCGGGUUUUGAAUCAAAA